AUGAGCGCAGAAAGAGGCGAGCAGGUCAUUGAUACCCACUGUACCACCGUCCACACUCUGGGUGGGCAAAAGAGAAACAAGGAGAGGCAGCUCCGCUACAUGCAGAAGGAUGGCAGGUUCCCUGUGGUGUUUCAAAAGGCCCAUAGAGACUGGAGCCCAUAUUUAACGGACAUCUUCACCACUCUUGUGGAGAUCCGCUGGCGGGUGGUGUUCCUCCUCUUUUCCCUUUCUUAUGUUGUGUCAUGGCUCCUUUUUGGUUUCAUUUAUUGGCUCAUUGCCCAUGUAAAUGGAGACAUUGACAAUGUAGAUAAUAACCCAUGUGUGGCACAGGUGCGUGGCUUCACUGGAGCCUUUUUGUUCUCAAUGGAGACCCAGGCCACUAUUGGCUAUGGCUUCAGGGUAAUGACUGAGAACUGUAUGGUGGCUAUUAUUGUGGUGACAAUUCAAGAUAUAUUUAGCUGUCUUCUUGACACCAUUGUCAUUGGCAUUGUCGUGGCUAAGAUGGCAUCUGCUCGGAAGAGAGCUCAGACGGUGGUUUUCAGCAGCUGCGCUGUGGUCAACCUGCGGGACGGGGCCCUGUGUCUGUCAUGGCGCCUCGGGGACUUGAGAGGUAAUCACAUUCUGGAGGGGGUUGCCAGGGCUCAGUUAGUCCGCUAUGUGAAAAAACCACUCGGCUUUGUUGUGAUGUCAUACCAAGACUUGGACAUCCAGGACCGGAACAUUGUCCUUGUCACACCAGCCACCCUUAUUCACAAGCUGGAGCCGGGCAGCCCCCUCUACAGCCUGGGCCCUGAUGACCUGCAGGAGGACUACUUUGAGCUGGUGGUGUCUUUCACCUACACUGGUGACUCCACGGGCAUGCUCCACCAGACACGAACCUCCUACACAUCCACAGACAUCCGCUGGGGCCAGUGUUUCCAGGACAUACUGAAACGGGGCAAGAAGCACUACAAGGUGGACUACGCUCUGUUCAACGAGACCACGUGGGUGUCGGUGCCCUUCAUCAGUGCAGAAGAAUAUGACAGGAGGAGGCGUCCAGUAGAGGGCAGCCCACUCUUACCAUCUGUCAAGAGCAAUGGACACAGAAAUGCUUGUCAGGUGAAUCUUGACAUCACUGAGGAGGUGCUGCACCAAACCUUUUUGUAG